UUUUGUUUUGUUUUGUUCGGGGGGUUAUUUUUCCUGUGCGGCUCGAUCUUCUGCUGCGCCAUUUGGGGGGCGUCUCGAGGCAUUUUUUAUGCGCUGGGGUCUGCGAAUGUGGGUGAUCUGGUGAUGCAUUCGCGAUCCCGCAGAGAGUUCCUCUGGCCUUCUGGAUUUGCUCUGGUUGCUUGCUGGGAAGGCGGACUGAAUUCCGGAGGCUUUUGUGUAUAGCGUCAAAUUGUUUUUUUCUUAAGGUUUCCUCGCCUCCCUACGAUUCUAAAGUUAGGGACAUCUCUCAACAUUGUUUUCGACUGGAUGGCGCAUUGAUUCGUGGAACGGCCUGGUGGUUUUUGGCGAUGUGAUGAAAUAUGCGGCAGUGGCAGUUGAGGCGAUAGGACUGCUUCUGCUAGAUCAUUUUACGGUUCAUGAUCCAUCGGAAGGAAUGAACGGGAGUCGGCAGAUGGAGCUGCACUACAUAAAUACUGGAUUUCCAUACACCAUCACCGAGAGCUUCAUGGAUUUCUUUGAGGGCCUCACAUAUGCUCAUGCUGAUUUUGCUAUUGCAGAUGCCUUCCAUGAUCAGGCUAAUCCAUACUGGGCAAUGAUGCAUACAAACUCGUAUAAGUAUGGAUAUUCUGGUGCAGGAAAUUAUUACAGUUAUGGACAUGUUUAUGACAUGAAUGAUUACAUGCAUAGGGCAGAUGGUGGACGCAGAAUCUGGGAUAAUACAACACCUGUUAACAACACUGAGUCCCCCAAUGUAGUCUUGCAGGGUGGAGAAACUCCUCCUGCAAGUGCAAGCUCUACUACUGAGGAAUGCAUUCAACAACAAGUACACCAAAAUUCAAGCAGUCCCCAGGUCAUUUGGCAAGACAACAUUGAUCCUGACAAUAUGACAUAUGAGGAAUUGUUGGAUUUGGGUGAGGCAGUUGGGACCCAAAGCCGUGGUCUCUCCCAAGAACACAUUUCACUACUUCCAGUCACAAAGUACAAAUGUGGUUUCUUUUCGAGGAGGAAAACACGCCGUGAAAGGUGCGUAAUUUGCCAAAUGGAGUACAGGAGAGGGAAUCUGCAGAUGACACUUCCCUGCAAGCAUGUAUACCAUGCCAGUUGUGUCACAAGAUGGCUUAGCAUAAACAAGGUUUGCCCUGUUUGCUUUGCUGAAGUUCCUGGUGAUGAGCCCAAGAGGCAAUGAGUCAUGGCUGCCAAAAUGGUCUUGCUCCCAGACACUCAGCCCAUACCGUGCUUCAAUGGAUGAAUGAUUUCUGCUUGAAGGCAGCUUUCCCCUUCCUCUCUAGGUUUGUGUAUUAGAAUCAUAUCGCAAAUAUAGGUUAUAAUCAGAUGUAGUUGAUGUUGGAACCUGUGCUGAGGUUUGCCGUAGGCUGUAGAGUUCGAAUGUGAACUGUAACCCUGUGCUAGAUGAAAAGCAUGCUGGAUCAUGCGCGCUUGCGAGGUGUUUUUGUCCACUGCAAAGAGCAUGCACUAGUCUGUGUUAUUUGAAUUCAAUUAAGAUUUUGUGGACAGAAAAAAAUUCAUUUGUUACACCC